CUGCACUAUACUAAAGAGCGGCGGCGCUAGCAAACGUUUUCAAGACGUGCACAUAAUUGGCUGAACGAAGGGGAUACGAGUAUCGAAGAAAAUCCGCUGCAUCAGAGUUGAAAUCAUGUCGUUGUUAACGAAACCCAAGAGUGAGAUGACCUCCGAGGAGCUGGCUAAGCGCGAGGAAGAAGAGUUCAAUACGGGGCCCCUGUCGGUCCUGACACAGUCCGUCAAGAACAACACGCAGGUCCUGAUCAACUGCCGCAAUAAUAAGAAACUGCUUGGCAGAGUCAAAGCGUUUGACAGGCAUUGCAACAUGGUCCUGGAGAACGUCAAGGAGAUGUGGACGGAAACCCCCAAAGCAGGCAAGGGAAAGAAGAAGUCCAAGCCGGUCAACAAGGAUCGCUACAUCUCCAAGAUGUUCCUGCGAGGAGACAGUGUCAUUCUGGUGCUCAGAAACCCCCUGGCUACUGCCAAGCAGUGAGCCCCCUUGGAGAAACUUUUGUAGACUCUGCUUGUAAAAACCCAGCACUCCCAGAUCUUUCAAAAUCCACCAAGGAGAAUUUUGGAGGAUUUUGUAGGAUUGAGGACGGUAGAGCACAGCCACUAAUACAUGGGAAGCGACUUGAUGCCUCUUGAGAGUUUAAGAACACAGUGCGCAGUGGAGGAUUUUGGAGGAUAUUAGCCUUGUUGGAGUAUGACGGACACAAUAGGAGGGCGCUAUGUGAAGUGGGUUAAACUUCACAUAGGCACUAGGUCCUGAAAUCCCCGAAAAUUUCAUGUUUGGAUUGUUUACUUAGCCUAUUUCAAACAUC